AACAAAAUAAAAAAUAUAAACAAACAGCUUUCAUUAUUAAUUUGAGAUCGCGUCGCGUACCAGAUUUCGGUUAUCGAAAAAGUUAAACUUCGUCUCGAUUCUCUGUGUCGAUGGACCAGCAGGUAAUAUUCAAACUAACAAUUCCCCCAGAGGAAAUACUUGCCACCAGACUGCUCAUCUGUCACGUGAAUGGCUGCACCGAACAGUUUUCGAAUGCAUCGCAUCUCCAGAUGCACCUGACACGGCACCAUCGAAUACUGCCGGGUACGGACGUCGAUACAGAUGCUGCCGGGAAGCUCAUACCGUUUCCGAAAAAUAGCCAAGUGAAGCAUUUCCACUGCCCGGUCGAGUCCUGCGUUUACCACCUGAGUGCUAGUGGAAACAAAUUCUUCACUUCCUUCCGGUAUCUGAAGCAACAUUUUCUUAAAAUUCACUCGACCAAGAAUUUCACAUGCAACAAUUGUAACGGUCAAAAGUCCUUCGCAACAGAAUCACUUUUGAGGGCUCAUCAGGCAAAUUGUGGCCAAUCAUUCCUUUGCAAAGUUUGCGGCUACGGCUAUGGGAGCAGGGAAGCUCUGCUGACUCAUGCCAAGAGGAAGAAUCAUGAUUAUCAGCAGCUAUUGGCAAACAAAGUCAGCAAACGAAAAGCGAAACCAAAAUCAGUCGAAGAAACCGUGAAAAUUCCGAAAAAUAAUCUUUCGAAAUCCAUUCAAGUUCAAACCGAACGGCAACAAGAUAACAGUUGCUGGAUGGUUAAAAUAUCUCAAACAACUCAAACCGAUCGCACCCCUUCGAGUCUUAGCGACAAAAUCGAGUGCUCUACCCAGACUGCCAGCUCUAGUCAAAUUCUACCGGAGUCGCUAAGUUCUUCAACUAUGGACAGCUACUGCCAAACAAAUCUGGAACAGUUCAGCUAUUUCGAAGACAAUAGCCUCAGUUGCUUCGGAAAUGCCACGCUUCCUGCCGCUAUUCCAUCCUCCGAAUCGGUUACCUGCGUGUGCACAGAAACACAGACCGAUCAAAUCUACGACGAGAUGUUUCCCAAUGAGGAUCGUACCGAUCCGAUGCUGUACUCGCACAUGUAUACGCAGACGUGCGAGGAUAUCUUCUCCGAUCUGGCACUGGCCACAAUCGAGACGCAAACCAACUGGGCGGACGACGACGGAGGAUUGGGAGAAUUUCUCGUAACGGCUGAAACGCAAACUAAUUCGAACCGUUGUGGAUCAGGGGAAGUUGGCCCGGAGGAUCGGAUUUCCUCUAUUCAAACGCAGACCACAGCCAGCAGUAUGGAGUUCCUGAAUGCCAUCAGCUCGGAGAGCAUCUCGAUCCAUACCCAGACUUCCUGAUAUUGUACCGAUGAGGAUGACUAUCGGUUGGAUUUCUAGUGGGGUCCAAGCUGUGCUGUGUUGGAACAGGUUGUUUUGGAGAUAGGGUAAGUAGUGCCCGCUGAAUUUUCAUCAUAGAAAAAUGCUCCUAAAUGAGUAUUUUUAUUGCUGUUUUUGAAGUCCUUAAUGUAUCCUUUGUCUGUUAUGUAUACAUGCACGAUCUCGAUUGCGGAACCAAAUAGAAUGAUAACAUGGCACGCACCUAAUAAUAUGCA